GCUCUUUCUCUCUGUCUCUCUCUCUCUCUUUCUGUGGGUUUAUGAAUGGAUCUCUUGGAGGAUCAUUAGCUAUGCAAAUAGAAGCGGUUCAUUCAUGACUUUUUUUCGCUCUUCCUCCCCUUUCUUUCCAAGGAGGAGGAGAAGGAGGGGAGGGAAACUAUAUCUCUAAAAGCCAUCUUGUGUGUUUAUUUUGUUCUUUCUUUCUUUUUUUCUUGCAGGCUGCAAGCAGAGCACAUCUGGAGGAAAGAUCCUUUUUUGUUUUAAAGUCCAAUGUCCAGAAAAGCAUAGCCCUCAUCCUUUUCCUUGCCAACCUAUCUAUAUCUAUAUCUAUAUAUCUCCGUUAAAGUCUGCAGGAUGGAUGGAUUUUAUGACCAGCAAGUGCCUUACAUGGUCACCAAUAACUCCUGUGGGAGAAACUGUAAUGAGCGACCGACAAAUGUCAGGAAAAGAAAAUUCAUUAACCGAGAUCUGGCUCAUGACUCAGAAGAACUGUUUCAAGAUCUGAGCCAAUUACAGGAGACAUGGCUUGCAGAAGUGGCUUUUCAUGGUCUGCCACUGAAAAUCAAGAAAGAACCCCACAGUCCAUGUUCUGAACUCAGCUCGGCGUGUAGUCAAGAACAACCCUUCAAAUUCAGUUAUGGGGAAAAGUGCCUGUACAAUGUCAGUGCCUAUGAUCAGAAGCCACAAGUGGGAAUGAGGCCCUCCAACCCACCAACUCCGUCAAGCACUCCAGUUUCACCAUUGCAUCAUGCAUCCCCAAACUCAGCUCAGAAUCCAAAACCUGACCGGGUUUUUCCUGCUCACCUGCCUCCAUCCCAAUCCAUUCCAGAAAACGGCUUUCCUAUGGAUCACAGAUUCCGCCGUCAGCUCUCAGAACCUUGCAAUUCAUUUCCUCCUUUGCCCGCCAUACCAAGGGAAGGCCGCCCGAUGUACCAACGGCAAAUGUCUGAGCCAAACAUACCUUUCCCACCUCAAGGGUUUAAGCAGGAGUACCAUGAUCCAGUGUAUGAACACAAUGCCAUGGUUGGCAAUUCAGUCAGUCACAACUUCCCCCCUCCUCUGAUGAUUAAACAGGAGCCUAGAGAUUUUGCAUAUGAUUCAGAAGUGCCUAGCUGCCAUUCCAUUUACAUGAGGCAAGAAGGCUUCCUGGCUCACCCAAACAGAACAGAAGGUUGCAUGUACGAAAAGGGACCAAGACAGUUUUAUGAUGACACCUGUGUUGUUCCAGAGAAGUUUGACGGAGAUAUCAAGCAGGAGCCAGGAAUGUACCGAGAAGGCCCCACAUACCAGCGGAGGGGCUCUCUUCAGCUAUGGCAGUUCUUGGUUGCCCUUCUGGAUGAUCCGUCAAACUCUCACUUCAUUGCUUGGACUGGACGAGGCAUGGAAUUCAAAUUGAUUGAACCAGAAGAGGUGGCACGUCGCUGGGGGAUUCAGAAAAACAGGCCAGCCAUGAACUAUGAUAAACUUAGCCGUUCACUUCGCUAUUAUUAUGAGAAGGGAAUCAUGCAAAAGGUUGCUGGAGAGAGAUACGUCUACAAGUUUGUUUGUGAUCCUGAAGCCCUCUUCUCCAUGGCCUUUCCGGACAACCAGCGCCCUUUGCUGAAGACUGACAUGGAACGUCAUAUCAACGAGGAGGACACUGUGCCUCUGUCCCACUUUGACGAGAGCAUGGUCUACAUGCAAGAAGGAAGCUGCUGUAACACCCACCCUUACAAUGAAGGCUAUGUGUAUUAACCGCAGUGACACUAAAGAAUCCCUUUUCCUCUGGCCCAUUCCCCCCUGCCCUCCAAAGCUUCUCCUCUUUCAAGAGACCAGGAGGAAAGCUGAAUCCCCUUCAGUUGGUUUUGUAAAAAAUAAUAAUGAAAAAAGAUUUUUUUUUUUACAAAAAGAAUAAAAUAGUACUAUAAAGGGGCUUCUCCUGUUGCAUUACUCCUCUGGUCUGCCAUGGACAGUGCACUUUAUUUGAAAGGGGAGGAUUGGGAUCUAAUGAUUUAUUCUUUGGAACAAGAAGAAAAAGGAUGGGUCUGCUUUUCUUUUUUCUUUUCCUCUUUUAAGGUUGGGAAUGGAACAUACAGAUUUAAAAUAGAAAGCUGUAUCAUGUCUGUUUUUGUUUUGUUUUGUUGUGUUUCAUACAAAGCUUAAAGACUAUUCUACAUGUUUUGGGGCAUAGUACAGUUAAUUCUAAGUGUAGUCAAUAACCAUUUGUACAUUAUUUGGGGAAUUUUCUUCCAUGGGCACUUUUCCUCUCCUGUUGCCUUGCCUUAUUUUCUUCACUUUGAAAAACACACAGGGAGAUAAUGUAACUGAAUUGAUUCAUCUAGUGCAGUGAUGUCUACAAUGGAUGGAGUGACUCUUUGAGGGUUUAAAUGCAGGAAAUUAGGGGUGCAGUUCUUCACUAGUAUUAUUCUUCAAGGAAGCAAUAGAUAAUUUUAGCAAAUGUUUUCCUGCUCUCCUAAAAAUGACAUUUUUGAAAACUAUUUACAAUUUGGGACUCAUUCUGCACAAUAUUAACAUACAAAAUUACAGUUCUCCAUAAGAAACAGCAUUCAUUUCUUCGUGUACAGAAGUUUCUGUAGUUGGGGACUUAUCCUAAGCAAAAUUUGCACAAAAUAACAUUUUCUGCACAGAAAAUAUUUCUAUGCAGAAAUAUUAUUUCCUGCACAGAAAAUAUUGUUUUCUGUGGAGAAUUUUUUUUAGUAAACAUGUGCAGAAUAAGAUUCUCAAUUACAGGUUUUUGUUUUCAUAAGUACUGUGAAAAGGAGUUCAUUAGAAAGAUAGACAUUGGUCUUAUAAAAAAACUUUGAAUUUGAGUGAAGCCAAAAUUGACUCCAUCUAGGGCUUUGUGUGUUUAAUUUUUAUCAGUCUUGAGUUUGAUUACCUGUGUAUUCAACCAUGUUGGUGUGGAAAUGGCACUGACAUCUCUUUUUUUUCUGGGAAGCUCCUCAGCUUUAACAUCAAUAUGACAGGCACAGACAAUGUUGUAUUCUUAAUCUGGUAAUAAUUGUCCCUAUUAAAUUUGACUUAUGCAAAUAGGAGAGGAUUUCAUUUUAGUUUACUUUGACUUUUUGUUUUACAAAACUCCCCACUCCCAUAUAAGGAACAGAAAGAACUUGAGCUUUAAAAAUCAAGUACGUGGCGAGGGAACAACCUAGAACCCUGUGUAUGUAAAGUGUUCUCUCUGUUACUGAACUAUGAGCCAAUGAUUGCAGGUUUAGGAGCCAGCAUUUCACUGUACCUUUCUGAAUUUAUUCUAAAAGCCAGGUUUUUGUAUUUUGCCCUUAAAAAAACCAUAUGCAUAACCCAUCAUGCUGCUUUGUGUUUGUUAAUGGGUCAUUAAGGAAAGUAUUCACUCUGGAUUGAAGAGCACAGUUCCUGGCUUGAAACUGCAAAUUGCAGGGCGGCAGCUUUGCUUCUUGUAUCUGGUGCCAUCUUGCUAUGCAAGUACAGCACAUUUGAUCUUUUUAGACCUUUCAAUACCCACCUGAGUAUAAUAACUACAUGUGCUGAAACAUCUUGAAUAUCAUUUCAACAUUAAAUACAGGAUUGUGAUCACAGAGGAGAAGAUCUAUUGCGUCCUUCCAUUUGCUUUGGUGCAUAAAUAAGUUAUUUAAUCAAUAGGAAUUAACUGUACUAGUUCUCAUAUCUCAUUAUGCUGUUUAGACCACAGCGCACACUCCUUGAGCAAAAUAUCCAAUACACAACAUAGGUACUUUAGUAAUUUUUAGACAUGGUACCCAUUAAUAUGCAUUUAAACCUUUUACUGCUGUGUUAUGUUGACAAACAUAUAUACAUACUAGAUAAUGCUAAUGCUUCUGCUGCUGUCUUAUUUCUGUAAUAUUAUCUUUGCUGACUUUACUAUGCCCAUUUAUAAGCAAUGCUGUAACUACAGGUAGCAUAUCAGGACAAAAUAGAUGACUUGAACCAUUUAUUGCUUAGGAAAAAAAGCUUAUGUCACAGCUGUGCUAUAAGCAGCUUUUAUGCGCAUUGAGAAAUGAACAGUAAGCCUGAGUUUGCUAAGAGGAGCUCUGCGGAACUUUUUAUAACUUUUAGUAAAGCGCAGACUCUACAAACCGUCAAGAGCAUAUGAUGAAUUUGCUGUAUAAUGUUGUAGUGCUGGCACUGAUGCUUAUCAAUCAACUUUGUUUUGGACACUAAAUGUACAUGUGAUCAGAUGUUUGGAAGACCAUUUCAAGGUUCUUUUUUAUUUUCUUUUUAAAAAAUGUGUUUUUUUUUUAAUUUUUUAAAUUUGAGGAGGCUAAUGUCGAAAACAAGACACACACCUUAUUCUACUUAUAAAAUUAAAAGAAAAAAAGAAGAUUUAAAUAUUUAUGAUCACCUUUUCUUGAAACAUUGUGUUUCCUAGUUUGAAAAGGAUAGAAAUGAGGCUUGAGCUGUCCAGUGAGUAUUUUAAACAGUGAAUCUUAAAAAUAGGCUACACACACACACACACACACACACACACACACACACACACACACACUUUGGCAAUUGUUAUCAACUCUAGAAGAAAGGCAGGAAUAGGAGUCCAUAAACAUUAGCCACAGAAAUAAUCUUUCAUUGUAAAUGACAUGAUAUCAAAGAUGCCUUGAGGUGGUGAUUUACUUUGCACUCACUGUCGAUCAGGAAACCAGUAAAGCUAUAAAUUAUUUAUUAUGCAAUUCAUUUCAGACUAAUGAGUGUGAGCCACUAUAAACCACACAGCUGUAGAAAAAGCACACUGGUUAUGCAUCUAGAAUACACCAAGAAGCAUACGAUGACUUAACAGGUGCAUGUAUAUAAGUUUAGGGCAUGCUACCCUUCCAAAAAACAGACUCAAUGGAAUGCCCUUUAAUUAUGCCCACCUCUAAUCAAUAGCACGAAUACUACCAUUGGCAUAAAAAUGAAUGAAAUAAAAGUACCCAUUGAUGUAAACAGGUGGCUUUAACCUGUUUCUUGGGAAACUUGCUCUUCCUUGGAACCUUGCCUGUUGGUAGCAGUGGGGAAGAACUUCAGUUUAUUUUUAACCAGAAUUUACAAAAAUACCAAUGUCAGAUUUCAAUAUGUCAGAUUUUGCUUGCUUUCUCAGCCUUACCUCUUCUGCUAUAAACCAUUUACCCACCUUGCUUUAUAGCAAACUGGACAAGCGCCUGGCUUGAUCUCGAUGUUCUACACAUCCAUAGAGUGAUGAAAGGACCCAGUGGUCCUUAUUAGCAUCCUGCAUCCUUUGGAUCUGCACCUGGAAUGUUUUUUUUUUUUAGCACCUAGGCAUUCUUUGGUGGGCAGGUUAAUCUGAAAAAUAUUCCAUGAACAUUUUAUUUUAUUGUGCAAAUUUCUGGUGCAUGCGCCUAGAAGGGAAUCAUUAGAGAAAUCCAGAUUAGGAAACUAUAUGCUGCUUUUUUCAUUGAAUUAGAGCCCUGAAUGUACAAAUCCACCCACCUCCCUUUAAUGAAGUUCUGCAAUUGCUUUUGGUUCAUCAGUACUGGCACUGUGUGUCUUGACAGGACAGUGUGUCUUGUUAAGACAAGUAUAUCUGGUGAAUGCAAUUGAUGAUUUUAAAAAGAAACUGAUUCAACUGUCUAAAGAAUAUUUUUUAAUAAAUUAUAUAUGCUGAAUAAGGUAGUAAUUCACUGUAAAAAAAACAUAACAAAAAGGAGGCAAUUCCCCCACCAUUGAAUGAAUUCCCAGGGCAAAAACAAACAAACAAAAAAGGUUGUAUGACAAGUUGUUAUAUGGAAUUGUUUAACCCUUUUGAAACUGUAUCUUUUUAAAGAGUUUAUUUUACGUUCUGUUCAAAUUCCACAUUUUUCCAGGUAGAUAAAUAAAUCUGGCAGCUGAUUUCUGAAAGGUGGUUGUUUGGAUUUCUAAUGACUUUGUUCAUUUCUUCAUUGACAAUAACUAAAACAUUUGCUAUAAGAAAGCAAAAAAUAACUUCCAUUGCCCUCUCCAAAACAGCAUAGCAAAUAAGACUACCAUUUUCCAAUGAUAUAUCAUCUUUAUGGUAUAUAAGUCACUAAAGAAAAUGAUAGUGGGUGAAAUUUCAGGUAGGGCUCAAUGGUGGCAGUAUUUUUAAAAUACAAAGAUGUAAAGCAUGAUAAAUAGAGAUUACUUGGUCAUAGCCCAUGGUGGUCUGCCAAGUGGGAAAAUAGCUAAUACGUUUGGUCAGCUGUGGAUGAAGACAUGUAAGAGUAAUCUGAACACUCAUAACAAAUUCUUCAUUCUUUACAAUUGGAUUUUGCAGCUGGUAGUACACCAGAAGACCAAACACUGAAUCAGUGCAUAAGUUAAGAUUUAGUCCUGCUCCCAUUUGGUGUGCCAGGUAUUUAUGACUUUAAUAUUAGAAGCUCUUAAUCAUAUACACUUGUUAUGUGCCCUUGAGUCAUUUUAGACAUAUGGCAACCCUACAGCAAACUUAUCAUAGGGGGUUCUAGAGCUGAGAGUAUGUUACCCAAGAUCACCCACUGGGUUUCUGAUGUUGAGAGCUACAGUCCAGUGCUCAAACCACUAAACUAUGCUGGAUGUCCUUGUAUCCAGACCUAGGCCCAGAACAUACGGUCCCAAAAGAGCACCAGAGGCCACUCUGGCUGCAUUCAGGCCAGUACCAAGGUGACUGCAUGUCCUGUUCCCAAAGUAGGCCACUGCCAUGGUCCCAAAGGCCACCAGCAGGAAUAGAUUUAAUUCACUCCUUAAAGAUCUGGCUCUUGCCCCAUAAGCACAGCCUCAGUGUGGCUUCCAAAUGCUUUGGGGGCAAUCAUCAUCUAAAUCCCAUGCCCUCAAAGAGCAGCCAGAAUCCUCUUUAUUUGGCCCAUGCAUUUCUGGCCAUAGUUACAUUUAGAGUACUGUAGACUUGUUCCUCUCCUCUAAGUAUGACAUCUGGCAUUCCCUUCUUCACAUGCAGGAAGGAAAGUGUUGGUAGUGUCACAGGUACCAACCAAUGUGCACCUAUUGAAACUAUAAUGCAAUCAAUUUCAGCAAACAAAUCAGCUGCUCCCAAGUUUAGGUCCUGCCUAUGCAGGAAAUUUAUAGAACUCCCCUCCACCCCUGAGCUUAUCUCACCAUGGGGUGAGCAGUUGUUUUGAACAUAGUGUCAUUUAAAACCUCAACAUCAGAUGGAAUAAAAAAGUGCAAAAAUGAAUUAUUUGCAUAAAUAACCCAUCAUGGAUCUAGAACUCAGGGCUGUCUCACAUAGAAAAUCUAUAUAUAAACAGAACAUGUAGCACCUUUU